UUACACCCCCCGCCAUCCGCAACGACCUCCACACCGCAACGGUCCACUCGCUCGCCUCCGUCUCCCUCCCGCGUCUAGGGUUUCGCCACGUCUCACGCAGCCAUGGCCGCGGCGGCCGCGUCCACCUCGCUCCCCGUCCCGCGCGUCUCCCUCCCGCCGUCCGCUCGCCCAGCCGCCGCUCCCCGGCACGGUCUCCUCAUCCCCGGUCGCCGUGGGUGCUUCCGUCUCCGCGGCUCACCAGCGGCACCGGCCGCCGCCGCCUCGGGCUCCCCUUCCGUGCCUUCCUCUUCCCCGGAGGCUGGGUCGGGCAUCGGGGAUGCCCUCGGUGGCGUCGCCAUCUACUCCGCGGCCACCGGCGAGCCCGUGCUGUUCAGGGACCUGUGGGACCAGAACGAGGGAAUGGCUGUUGUUGCCCUGCUAAGGCAUUUUGGGUGCCCUUGCUGUUGGGAGUUGGCCUCUGUGUUGAGGGAUACAAAAGAGAGAUUUGAUUCAGCUGGUGUCAAGCUAAUAGCCGUUGGUGUUGGCACUCCAGAUAAAGCCCGUAUUCUUGCUGAGCGUUUACCAUUUCCAUUGGACUACCUCUACGCAGAUCCUGAGCGCAAGGCCUAUGAUCUCUUGGGUUUGUAUUUUGGUAUUGGUCGCACAUUCUUCAAUCCAGCCAGUGCAAGUGUGUUUUCACGAUUUGACUCCCUCAAGGAGGCAGUGAAGAACUAUACAAUUGAAGCCACCCCAGAUGAUAGGGCUAGUGUUCUACAACAGGGUGGAAUGUUUGUGUUCAGAGGGAAAGAAUUAAUAUAUGCAAGGAAAGAUGAGGGCACUGGUGAUCAUGCACCUCUGGAUGAUGUCCUCAACAUCUGUUGUAAAGCCCCUGCGGCAUGAUAUUGUGUAAUCAAUGUCCCAUGAGAAUUUUCAUAGCCUGGUUCUGUUCGUGUCCCAAAGUUGUAUGCAGAAAAGCAUCUCUUGAUUUUGGAAGGCUGGCUUCUGCAAGGAUAGUAUCUCUUUGUCUGUACGUCUGAUCUACCAUGCUGUUGAUAUGUAAUAUAUCAGUUGAAAACUUGAGGGAUGUAGGCAGACCAAAGGACUUUCUCAUGCCAUAAGCUCAGCAGUUCUUUUCCUUUUCCUCAUAGAAAUGUACUAAUUAUAGAAGAGAAUCUUACACUGUACAAUAAGUUUGUGUUAAAGUUGGCGAAAUUUUCCUACAAACCUAAGUAGUAUUAAAGCUGGUGAAGUACGGCUCCUUCACAGCAUACCUGAACUUUA